AUGUCAGCAGAAACCGAUGCUACGAAUAUCAGACCAUCAAAGCGGGCUCGAGCCUCCUCUAAUGCGGACAACGUGUCGUCGCUACAAUGUCAGGUGUGCCACCGCACCUAUGACCGGCUUGACCACCUGAACCGGCAUUUGGACUCCCAUAGGAACGAAAGAUCCUUUCGUUGCAGAGAGUGCCCUGCAGCAUUUAAUCGGAGGUGA